GAAUAUUGUAAUAGACUUGACAGCUCCCGCUAUAAGCUGUUCAUUAGCAGACCGGACUUACUUCACCACAAUUAAAUUAGAGCAAUUAACGGAGGCGGUUAAGAUAGAAUCAGUACGGGCUUUUGCUUUCAGGUGGCCGAUCUCUUAAUGCCUGCAUAUAAACCACAUGUGGGAGUAAGGAAACAUCCGUGCUCUUAUUUUAAUCAUGACAUUAAGCUUUUCGUCCUUCUCCAUCAAAGACAUCCUCACCACAGGACGCGGUGACCGGGGGAAACCCGGUGGCACCUGGAGUACAGAGGAGCUCUGCGCGCCAACGCGCAACAUCUACACCGGGCAUGGAGGUACAAGAAUCCCUGAUUUGUCUCACCAAGACGUGGAUGAGAACCGCAUCCACCCUCAGACACCUUUUCCUGAACUCAGUGUGUCUGUUGGGAACCUCAAAUGUGAUACCUACAGCGAAGAGUCCACAGGAGAGGAGACUGAGCACAGAGAAGAUGGUGCAGACAAGCAACCACAUUGUGUGCAGCGGGAUAAACUGCAGGAUAAAGGGGUGGAUGAGGAGGGAUAUCACAGCAGGGAGAUGGUCAGCUGCUCCCCAGAAGAGCGACAGUCUAGGUCCGGCACCAAGAAGCGCUCCAGAGCGGCCUUCUCUCACGCUCAAGUCUACGAGCUGGAGCGCCGCUUCAACACGCAGCGGUACCUCUCAGGUCCUGAACGGGCCGAUCUGGCAGGGACCCUGAAACUCACAGAGACCCAGGUGAAAAUCUGGUUUCAGAACAGGAGAUAUAAAACCAAACGGCGCCAGAUGGCUGCAGAGUUGGCGGCGUGCAGCUCACCAAAGAAGGUAGCAGUCAAAGUGCUGGUGAGGGACGAUCAAAAGCAGUACCAGCAGGCGAAUGGAGUACACAUCCCCAUGACUGUACCGCUGUACCAGGCCUACCAGUGCUACCCCUACCUGCACUGCUGCUGCCAGCCCUGGAGCAUGAGUAGCAUGUCCCAUGGAGGAAUGCUCUGAAGCGCUCUCUGAACUUACUGCAACUUUGGAGAGUAAAUGACUUCAACAAGUGUCACCAAAAAUACAAAGUGUGUGACUGUUUUAUAAGUUAGCAGCUCUCCGAUGGUGCACCUCAAGGGAAGUUUCUGUACGGAAUACUCGAAAACUGAUUGAGAUUGUUGUUGUUUUUCAGAAAAUAUAACAGUUUCUCUUUAUGGCUCUUGUUUGUCUUAUAAGACAGUUAAGCCUUUUUUUUUGUUUUUAAGUCAAACAAUAUGAGAACUUGACCUGCAGUUUAAGGUUCAUAAAAUGCAAAUGAUUUGCUGAAUUUAAAGAUUUUGGAAGUUGUUAUAAAUAGGGAAAUUAGAAGAAAUAAAUAAUACAAAUCUGUUAUGCGAGGCCUGUGCUAAUAUAUAUUUCAUAUGUAUUUUAGUUUUUUUUAAACUAUUUUCAAAACAACAGAGUAAUUUAAUGUCUAAAUUACUUUUGUGAGCUCAAAAAACAUUACUGUUCAAAUUUUCACCUUAAUAUUUUUUCCUCAGUUUUAAGACAAAAAUGUUAAAUAUC